GGAAAGCUUCAGCAGUGGAUGCAUUUUGGAGAAAUCUCAGUUAGCAUUCUCAGACCACCCACAAUGGGGGAUCAUAGCGAAUCCUUAGCGCUAAACCUUAGGAGUGGAUGGGGUCGGUUUAGAGUUGAGUGGGUCGGGCUGAAGGAAAAAAAAAGAAAAUCAUUCUCGACCGAAGGAGAAAAAAAAAAACCCUCUGCGGCGAAAGGCGAUUUCGAAGCGAUCUCUCUCUCUCGGCUCGACGAAGGUUAACCAUAAUGGGGCAAGAUUACAGUUACAGCCAGCCAUCUUCAUCAUCAAACUCUGUAGACAUAACCUCCCUGAUUGAAGCAGAAGCUCAGCUGUACGCGGAUGAAGCUGAGAGUAGCCACUUCAAUGCAGAGCCGCUUCAGUACCAACCGCAACCAGAGUGUGAUGAUGGAAUCCCUAGAAGCUGCUACUGUGGUGCGGAGCCAGUUGUCGGCUACUCUACAACUCGUAAAGACCCAUACAGACGUUACUUCACGUGCAACAAUGCUGAAGAUGGUGACUGCCACGUUUGGAAAUGGUGGGACGUGGCAGUGAUAGAGGAGAUGAGGGACAUUCAGCGGGAGCUUAGGGAGCUUAAGGGUGCACUUAACGAGAGUGAGCAGAAGGUUGUUGUCCUCGAGAAGACAGUAACCGAGUUUUCAAAGAAGAAACCAGGAGUGAAGCUAAUGGUCUCUACCUUAGUUUUAACCGGGAAUAUUACUCAAGGCUUCAAAGGACAGUGGCGGACCUCGCUUGUUUCUGAAAUAAGGUUAAGUUGGUCACGGGUGCACUGAAGGUUGGGCAAGUCACGGGUGCAUUAGGAGUAGUGGAAGUCACGGGUGCUUUGAAGUAGUUCACGGGUUCAUCUCUUGAAGUUUAUGUACUAUAAGUAGUUCUCGUUUGGCCUUUAGAUUUGUAUCAGCUUAUCUUUGUUUCCUCUGCAUCAAACGUUCUUCUGUUUGCUCGGAUUUGUUGUAAUAUUUUCUUGGAGUUCUUCUCAACCCGAUUUUUCACUUGUAAUAUCUGGGUGUAAGAAGUCCUUCUCUUGUAUCAAUAUUAACACUUGAU